UUCUUCGUUUUUUUUUGAUUGUUUUGAUUUUUAAUUUUCGGAGAAAUUUUGUUUUCUGUUUUUUCUUAAUUCUUUUUAUUAAUUGUUAAUGAUGGUUUUAUCCUUCGCUUUGAGGAAAUGUCUUCGUCAGGGUGUUGUUUUUUCUCCAUCAUCGUCGUUGGUUAUCGGUUACUCGGUUAAUCGUUUUAAUUGUUUACCUUUAGGUAUUUGUGGUUAUCUUUUUUCACGUUGUUCAUUUUCUACUAAUACUAAUGGUGAUGGAGAAGAUUUGGUUAAAAAUGAUGGUGAUUGUGUUCUUCCUAAACCGGUGAAACUUGGUGUUUCUAAAUAUGAACCUAGAGUUUUAGAUGGAACUAAAAAUCCUAUUCUUAUAUAUCAUGGACUUUUUGGUAGUCGACAUAAUUGGCGAAGUUUAUCUAAAGCGAUUAGUGAGAGAACAAGAAGAUUAGUUAUUCCAAUGGAUGUUCGUAAUCAUGGUUCCAGUGGACAUUCAGAUGAGAUGAGUUAUCCUGCUAUUGUUUCUGAUGCAUUGGAAAUGAUGUCAAAUAAGAAAAUAAAUGAAGCUACAUUGAUUGGUCACAGUUUGGGUGGAAGGGCUUUCAUUCAUUUUGCUCUCAAUUUUCCUGAAAAGGUUGAAAAAUUAAUUAUCGUCGAUGUUGGUAUGUUGAGACCUGGACAACAAUCUCAUGAUCAUAUCCAAAUAACCAGCGCAAUGAUGAGCUCAAUUAAAGAUCUUCCAAUAAAUUCUAGUCGAACCGAAGUUAGGAAAAUCGUUGACCAUAGACUCAAGAAUAUUGUAAUUGAUCCAUUUAUUAGAGGUUUUCUCCUUCUAAAUCUGAUUGAAAAUGAAUCUGGUCAAGUUACCUGGCAAUGUAAUUUAAAUGCUCUUGAAGCAUCACUAAAAUCUGGAUUAAUUGAUACAAUGUCAACACAAGGAGUUUACAAUGGACCAACUUUAUUAAUCUAUGGAGGUAAAUCCGAAUAUGUUGAUGAUAAUCAAAUUGUCAAAUUAAAUCAACAUUUUCCAAACCUCAAAACUCAUUGCAUCAAAGAUGGAACUCAUUACCUGCACGUGGAAAAAGCUUCAGAAUUUUUAGAACACACAAUUAAAUUCAUCAAUUAACCUGCCAACAAUUAAUUCUUCAAUCAGCCCCAUCACAUGUAAAAACAAACUACCCUCCAAAUAACAAUUAAUCGUUAAAAUUAUCUAAUCACCAACGAAACAAAAAAAAACAAAUUGUAAAAAAAAAUCAAUCAAUAGUUUUCAAAGCCAAAAAUGUUAAUCAAAAAAUCAAAACUGAUCUUAUCCACCUUAAUCCUAAUAGUUCAGAAAAUCAUAGAACAAGAAAAAACAAAACCACUAAUCAACUUUAAUUGAACUAAAUUAAACUCGAUUAAGAAAAAAAAA